AUGGCUACUCCCACCUGCUCCGUAGAAGAGUUCACCAGCACGACAUUCGACUAUGUCAUCUGUGGCGGAGGAACUGCCGGGCUGGCAAUCGCAGCACGUCUGAGCGAAAACCACAAUGUGACAGUCGGCGUCAUCGAAGCGGGAAAGUAUCGCAUCGGAGAUCCGUUGAUCGAUACCCCGGCAGCUUUCUCUCAGAUGUUUGAAAAUCCCGAAUACGACUGGUGCAUGUAUACAUCGCCGCAGGAAGGAAACAAUGGGAAAGUCCACCAUAUCCCCCGAGGCAAAGCUCUCGGCGGUUCCAGCGCCAUCAACUACAUGAUGUACGUCCGAGGCUCAUUGCAAGAUUAUGAUGAUUGGGCGGAACUCGCAGAAGAUGAAGGAUGGUCUGCAGAGAUCAUGCAACGAUAUAUGCGAAAGCAUCAGACUCUCGAACCAAUCGAUCCCUCAAUCACAGAUACGUCGACAAUGCCCCUAGUAGGCCAAUUCCAUGGCACAAGCGGCCCAGUCCGAACAAGCUUCAAUGACGCUGUAAUGCCAGUGGAAAACGACGUCAUCAAAGCUUGCGAGGAGACUACUAAUAUCUCUAAUAAACCGCUCGAUCCCUGGAGUGGUGACCAUAUUGGUUUCUAUCAUACUCUGGGUUCGGUUGUGCGCACUGGACCUAAUAAGGGUAAGCGUAGUUAUGCUGCGCGCGGCUACUACGAGGCGAACCGUGAGACAAGGCCUAACCUGAAAGUGCUUUGUGAGGCACUUGUUAACAAGGUCAUUCUUGAUGGUAAUAAGGCUUCUGGUGUGAGUCUUAGUCAUGGGCGCGUUGAGUAUCAAGUCUCUGCAAGGCGAGAGGUGGUUGUUUGUGGUGGAACGAUCAAGUCGCCUCAGAUUUUGGAAUUGUCGGGAAUUGGUGACCCCAAUGUGCUCGCUGCUGCGGGUGUCGAGUGCAAGGUUGCCAAUCCUGCCGUUGGUGCGAAUGUGCAGGAUCAUUGUAUUUCUUUGACGAUGUUCAACGUUCAACCUGGCGUCAUCACGCUUGAUACCCUCGCACAAGUCCCGGAGGCUAUGCAAGCUGCCGGGAAGCAGUAUGCUGAGACUGGUGGCGGUCCGUUGAGUUGUGUUGCCAGUAUGCAGGGGUUCUUCCCAGCAAAGAAGAUCCUUUCGGAGGAAGAGUUUGAGGGUGUUUUGAAGAGUAUUCGGGAUGUUGAGCCGACGAGUGCUUUCCAUGAGAAGCAGCUGAAGCAGGUUAUUUCUCAUCUUGAGAGUGAUCAUUCGGCUAAUUUGCAACUCGUUCUUGUCCCUGCUUCUAUGGAUCCUGAGGGUAUUGAACACCAGAGCAAGCUCCUUCCGCCUAGGUCUGCGGAUCAACCUGCGGGCCUUACUUUUGCGAUGUGUUUGCAGUAUCCUGUUGCAAGAGGAUCGAUUCAUAUCAACUCCUCUGAUCCGACUAAACAACCUGUCAUCAACCCCAACUACGCCGGCCACGAGGCAGAUAUCUCUCUCCUCGCUGCUGCAAUUCGCUGGAGUGACAAGGUUACUGAAUCCUCGCACCUCAAGCCAUCAAUCCUUGGUCGGGCAGUCCCCGAGCCGGAAAUCAACUUGCAAGACUUUGAGGCUGCUAGAAAGGUAGUUCAGGAUCUUGUUGCGGGCGAGUACCAUAUCUGUGGCUCGGUUGCGUUGGGUGAUGCGCUUGAUUCUAGGUUGAGGGUCAAGGGUGUUGAGGGACUUCGGGUUGCUGAUGCUUCAGUGUUCCCUAACAACGUUAGUGGAAAUAUCGUUUCUAGUGUUUAUGCUGUUGCUGAGAAAGCGGCGGAUUUGAUUCGUGAGGAUUGGGAUUUUAAGCCCGUUCCGAAGGCUGUGGCUUGA